AUGUUCUACAUAAUACAAAUAUUUCUGAGCAUCACGAGCACAGUGAGCAGCGCCAGCGUGGCGGACAGCAUGAACUACUAUCAGUACACACAUCAGUUCAAGACGCCCAUCUCCUGGCAGGCCAUCAGCAGCAACAGCCUGCAACUGGCAUUGGAUAGCUGCCAGCAGAGCUUCAAAUGGCAGCGCUGGAACUGCCCUAGCCAUGACUUUGCACAGCGCGUAGCGCCAAAUGCAGCGCAUGAGCUGGAUCGCGAGGAUAUCUAUGUGGCUGCCAUUUCAUUGGCCGCCAUACUGCACACACUCACCAGAGAUUGCGCCAAUGGCGUGGUGGCCAACUGCGGCUGCAGCGACAACAGUCUGCAGGUGCCAUGCGCACACGAGCCCGCCAAGGCGUUGGAGCUGUACCAGGCGCGCUUUGGCGCAGGCGCUGGUGCAGCGGCGCACAAUCAGCGCGUGGUGGGCGCUUUGCUGCAGCAGUCGCUGGAGAAGGAGUGUCAUUGCAAGCAAAAGAGUCCACAGGGCGGCUGCCUGCAGGAGCAGUGCGUUCAGGUGCUGAAGCCCUUUGAGUCUGUAGCACAAGAUGUGCUGCAAAUGUACGAUGAUGCAGUGCAGCUGGACAGCACGCUAGAUAAUCUAAAGAUCAUGUGGCAGAACAUACCACUGGAUACGCUGGUCUACAUGCAAGACUCGCCCAACUACUGCGAGCCAGACGCAAGCGGUCGCUGGGCCGGCACACGCGGUCGCCAGUGCUCCAAGCAUGGCGGCGACACUGCCGACGAGCGUCUCUCCUGCCAGCAACUCUGCCGCGUCUGUGGACUACGCAUACGCAGCCAGCAUGUGCGCAACGAGCGUCGCUGCAACUGCAAACUGCUCUGGGGCUUUCGCCUGCAAUGCGAUGUCUGCAUUCAGCUGGAGCGUCAAUAUAGCUGCUAUUGA